AUGGGGAUCGCCGAUAGUACCGAUGACGAGAAGAUCACAGACUACCUUGAGAAUUAUCAGCAGAAUGCUAUUCAGUAUAGUAAUGGAAGAUACACUGCCCAGUUACCAUGGAAACAAGACCAUCCUCCACUUCCCACAAACUACCAGAUUACCAAACGCAGAACCGAGAACACUAUCAGGCGACUAAGUGCAGAGCCAGAGAUACUGCAGAAGUAUGGCGAGAUCAUCGCAGAACAGGAAAGAAGAGGCUUUAUAGAGAAAGUUGACGAAGAUUCCCAGACAACAAGAGUGCACUACAUACCCCAUCACCCAGUGAAAAAGGAUUCCUCUACCACCCCCAUCAGAACUGUGUAUGAUUGCAGCUGCCGAAAAUCCCGUGAUGAGCCGUCCCUGAAUGAUUGCCUAGAAUCAACCCCGCCCAUCCUGAACGAUUUGACUUCCCUUCUAACCCGAUUCCGGUACAACAGAUACGCAGUUACCACAGACAUUGAAAAGGCAUUUCUUCACGUGGGCCUGCACGAGAGUGACAGAGAUGUUACGAGAUUCCUAUGGCUACAGAACACUAACGAUCCCUGCAGUCCCUUGAUAACCUAUCACUUUAAAGUUGUGCUAUUCGGCGCUACAUGUUCGCCAUUCAUGCUGAAUGCGACCUUCCUCAAGCAUCUACGUUUGAACCCGAGCCUCAAACCAUUAUAG